AUGGCUGAUGGACCCGCCCCGGAACCCGGAUCCCCAAGCUUCUCCUCCGCCGUCAACGGCGGCAAAACCCUGGAGGAAUGCCAAGACAUGAUUCAACGAAGCCUCCGGAUUCCAAUGGUGAAAUUUCUGUUGAAGCAUUUGGAGCAAGCCGGAUGUGGGAUUGGGGACAGGUUCAUCAAGGCCGUUCAUUGUGACAAGCAGAUUGCUGGCGGUUAUGCCCGCGGUGAAGGGAUUCUGGUAUGUGGUAAUCACAUGAACAUUCAAGAUGAAGUCAACCAAGUGGUGAUACAUGAGCUAAUUCAUGCUUUUGAUGAUUGUCGUGCUGCAAACUUGAACUGGGCUAAUUGUGCACAUCAUGCUUGUAGUGAGAUUCGUGCUGGCCAUCUAAGCGGUGAUUGCCACUAUAAACGGGAAUUGCUGAGGGGUUUUGUAAAGAUUCGAGGUCAUGAACAAGAUUGUGUGAGACGAAGAGUUAUGAAAUCAGUCAUUGCUAAUCCUUAUUGCUCAGAAGCAGCUGCAAAGGAUGCCAUGGAAGCUGUUUGGGAUGUUUGUUACAAUGAUACACAGCCCUUUGACAGAGCUCCAUAA